AUGAAUUCAAAGAAUAUUCUGUUUGUAAUUAUUCUGUCGGCGAAAAUGAAUAUCCAUUUGUUGAUUACAUGUGUGGCGGCGAUAAUGAUCAUCGGCUCGGGUGUCGUGGCAUCUGCUAAACGAGAAUCGGAUCCACAGGACGGGCAACGGGUGAGCCCGUCGGGCGCCCUGUAUUGCGGCGAAUCGGCGUUCAGUUGCCGUCAAAAGUACGGCAAAAUAGCCAAAUGCAAGAAACUGUUUGACGAUUGCAUGGAAACAGCAAAUCGUGUGUAUAAUGAGGGGCAGAGCAUUGCCGGCCCCGCCAUCGUCCGGCCCUCGAGGCUCCGGCCAAAACCUCAAGCUAAUUAUGCAAUCAAUCACUUCUUCGUCUUGGCGUCGAGUUUGUCGACCUCUUCCUUGAGGGCCUUCAGCUCUUCGAGCCGUUGUCUCAAUUGUCUGGUGUCAGCGCCGAGACGCUCGUGCUCUACGAUCGACGACUCAAUGAGCGGCACUUCCAGGUGUGGAACCAUUUCAAACAAAUUGCGUGACAUCUUGUCGUCGAUGUCGUUCGACUCGCGAAGAAUGCCGAAGUAG